AACUAAUUAUGCGUGUGUAAAGUAUAUAUGUCAAGGAUACUUUGCAACAACAAUGGGAGAUAUAUCAUCAUAUAAUGGAGGGGCCGUUGUGGCUAUGGUAGGCGAUCAAUGUGUAGCAAUCGCAUGUGACAAAAGGCUUGGAAUGAACCAACAGAUUACAAUAGGCACAAAUUUCCCAAAAGCCUUCAGAGUUACUGAUAAAUCAUUCUUUGCUGCCUCAGGAUUGGCUACAGAUGUGCAGACAAUGUAUGUAAAUCAUCCAUGUACACCUUGUUGUAGGAAGGAGGAAAUCGAAUUCAGAGUAAAUAUGUAUGAGGCAUCUAGUGAAAGUAAAAUGAGCAUUAAUAAGCUCUCCAACAUGGUCUCUACAAUGUUAUAUUCCAGGAGGUUUAGCCCGUGGUUUGUCGAAGCUGUUGUUGCUGGACUAGACGCACAAAACAAACCAUUCAUAUCAUGUUUCGAUCUAAUCGGUGCCCCUUGCAACCCUGAUGAUUUCGUUGUGGCUGGAACCUGCGCUGAACAGCUGUACGGUAUCUGCGAAGCUCUCUUCAAGCCGAACGCGGGUCCGGAUGAGCUCUUUGAAAUCGUAUCACAGUGCUUAAUGGCUGGUAUAGACAGAGACUGCCUCUCAGGUUGGGGAGCUCAAGUCUACAUUAUAACACCUACAAGUAUAUCACUACGUACACUAAAAACCAGAAUGGAUUAAGUUAUU